AUGGCCUUCGGGCAAAAGACGCACGGUCGACGUGGUCGGCCUCCCAAAGAUCCAAAUGCACGAGCACAGCGUUCAUCUUUGUCGGUAGAAGAUACGUCGAAUUACCAGGCAGGGCCUUCGCGGACUUCUCCUCCGGCUGGUACUGCAGGAUUGGCAUCUGGGUUCGCUUCUGUAAAGAUGCGUAAGGUACACUCUGGCGAUGUGGCUAUGCAGAGCUCUACUGAGCGUAGCAGCACACCAAAUACAGUUGAAGAUUUCGAAUUGCUUCUUGAAGAUAUGCGUGCACGUUACGAACAGAGUGUCGAUGAGCGUGUGGUACAAGCAAAUCGUGAGCGUGAUGCUAUUCAAGCGCAGUUCGACAGGCUAAAAGAACUUCGUAUGACACAAAGUGAAAAGACCUUGGCUGAAUGGAAGAAGGCCAGUGAAACGCGUCAUCGUCACACUCUUGAGUCCCUGUCUGCGUGGAAAAACCGCGCUGAGCAUGCAGAGCACCGCGCGAAGGAGCUGGAGCAACAAGUGAAGGAGCCUUCUGCCCCUAUAUCGAGUGACAAAACGGCUACGGUAGCGCUGGAGCAGCUCAAACAGGAAGUGGCUGCUUUAACAGACAAACUGGCGGAAAGCAGGCGUGAACUCGAGGAGGAGAAAGCUAAACGUACGGCCUUAGAGGCUCAGCUCCAAAAUAUGACAAGUGCUGCAUCUGUGCGUGAAGAUGAAAUGGCCAUUCGACGCAUGUAUGAGGAUUUGACAGGCUUCAUUGUGAACGAAGUUGAAAUGCAUGAUACGGUACACAAACAACGUCGAUACGAUAUGAUAUUUACUGGAGCUGACUAUUAUGAGUCACGUCUCCAUGUCUCUGCCGAGUUCGAGCGAGAUAGUUCUACGGCAUCUGUUCGUGAUGAUUUCGUGUACAUUCCACAUAUUGAUCAAACGCGCGAUGCAGCUCUCCUUGCUUCUGACAAUAUGCCUGAUCACUUCUUGGAACAAAUUCGGUUCGAACGUGGCGCUGCUACCAAGUUCCUUACAGCCCUCCACCGUAGUUUAAAGAAGUAG